GUUCGUUUGUGUGUGUGAGACAUGAGCGUCUCAGCCUCUCCUGGAGCCCGAACUGAGCAUGCGCAGUCCUCCUUCCAGCCCGCGGUCGCUUGAGGAAGUUUGGAUCAACUUUGUACCUGUGGCUGCGGUUCAUUGAUGCUAGCUUAUCUCCAGAAAUGACGUCAACAUCGGAGCUCGAGCAGCUGGCAGAAAUAGAACUUCAGAAGGAGGAAGAGGAGGAUGAGGAGGGUCAGAAGUGUGUCACAGACGCUCCAUCACUUCCUCCCAGCAGCACAAGCAGUCCUGAUGCUUCUCACCCGUUUUAUGAUGUGGCGCGACACGGCAUCAUCCAGGUCUCGGGUGACGACAACUACGGCAGGAAGUUGAUCACCUUCAGCAGCUGCUGUUUGCCUCCGUCACACCAGCUGAACCACCAACGGCUGCUGCAGUACCUGAAGUUCACCUUGGACCAGUACGUGGAGAUGGACUACAUCCUGGUUUACUUCCACUAUGGCCUGAGGAGCAGCAACAAGCCGUCUCUCAAAUGGUUACGAGAAGCUUACAGCGAGUUCGACAGGAAAUACAAGAAGAACCUGAAGACUCUUUAUGUCGUUCAUCCCACAAACUUCAUCCGGAUCGUCUGGAACAUUUUCAAACCCCUGAUCAGUCACAAGUUUGGGAAGAAGCUGACGUACGUGAACUACCUGGCGGAGCUCAGAGAUCACCUGAACUACGAGCAGCUCAUCGUCCCGGCCGACGUCCUCAGACACGAUGAACGGUUACGAGCGGCUCAGAAAGGCGGACCUUCUCCCCCGGCGAGGACGCCUCCACCGCGUCCCCCCCUGCCCACGCAGCAGUUCGGAGUCAGCCUGCAGUACAUCAGAGAGAAGAACAGGGAGGCCGUCAUCCCGCCCGUCGUCUCUCAGACUGUGGCCUACCUGAAAGACAAAGGUCUGAGGACAGAGGGGAUCUUCAGACGCUCUGCUCGUGUUCAGCUCAUCAAGGACGUCCAGAAGCUCUAUAACCUCGGGAAGCCCGUGAACUUUGACGAUUACGGCGACGUCCACGUUCCAGCCGUGAUCCUCAAGACGUUUCUCAGGGAGCUUCCUGAACCGCUGCUCACCUUCAGAGUGUACAACCAGGUCCAGGAGCUGCUGAACGUGGAGAGCAGUCUGAGGGUCAGCAGGUGCAAACAGAUUGUCGAAGGUCUUCCUGAGCAUCACUUCAUCGUCACGAAGUUCCUGCUGUGCUUCCUCCACACGGUGUCUCUGGAGAGCAUCGUGAACAAGAUGAGUCCGUCCAACCUGGCCUGCGUGUUCGGGGUCAACCUGGUGUGGCCUCGUCACGGCUCCAUCUCUCUGAGUGCUCUGACCCCCAUCAACAUCUUCACCGAGAUCCUCAUCGAACACUUCCACACGGUGUUCGGCUCGCGCUGCCCACCUGCACAGGUAACACCCUGAGCCUGCACGCCGACGCCCGUCUUCCUCUGGGAGCCUCUGAUUCUGCUCCUUCCAUCUGGACAAAAGCUCAGUCGCUACACACCAAAUCUAAAAGAGGGACUUCAGAGUCCUGCUCCCCAGAGGAUGAAGCUCCACGUGGUCCACAUGAGGGACCUGCAGGACGUCAGCUGUGUCUGCAGGCAUCGUGGUGAUGAUGAUGAUGAUGAAUAUUUAAUAAACGGUUUUUAAUGGUUGUGAGCAGAUCAGAGUCGGCUGUGAUCGUAAAGGUUGCUAAGUGAUAUUUGGAAUCAAUAAGCUUCAUCACUGGGUUUUCUAAAUCUGACCCGAGUUACUCAGGCGCUGCACUUCUGCCACCUGAGUAUUUCAUUUCCUUCUUAAUUCCACUUCACUGCAUUCAUAACUUUAGUUUCUUCAGAUUACAAACACAAAAUGUAAAGACUGUUAGGAAGUUUUUUUAUUGCGUUUAUCAGACAAAAACAGAUCAAUUAUCAGAAAAGCAUUCGCUCCAAUGAUCAGUCUGUCCUCUGUGACGUCAGUAAGACCCUGAAAUGUCCUCCAAUCUGCUCACACGUCAUAAACCGUUUAAUAGAUGUUAAAUGUUGAAGAUUCUUUAUAUUUUUAUAUGAACUUGGUACUUUAAGUUUUUAGGCAGUUGACUUGUAAAAUCUAGCAGUGAACAAAAUGAAAGACGUCCAUGUAAAACCGGCUUCUUGUCCAGAGGCAAAACAUCUGGCUGAUUAAAUCGUUUCUCCUUCUGACCGACGCGACGCGGCGGCUGUCGGGUUUGUUUGUGGACCAAAGCAGAUGAAACACGACGCAAACCAAACCUUUUGUUGUCGGAUUUUGUUUAUUAAUGAUUCCAUUUUUUGUAAGAACUUGGUACAAAAAAGUGAGACUAUUCUUGAAUCGUUUACCAACUUCCAUCAAUCAACUUUUUAAUGCAUCAUAAAGAAGAAAAAACUACGUUGGCAUAUUUAAGACAAACACUUUCCUAUACACACUAUCCACUGGACAGCCCCGUCGUCAUGACAAACAAAAAACUUCUACUUCAACAACAUUUUCGUUUCCAUCUAAACGCGCCGUCGCCUCCUCGUGGCAAAAUAAAAAAUUGAACGUCGCAAGCUAGAAGUCAGAAUGCAGAACCGGCAAACAAUAGAAAAUCCAAUGUUUUCUUUUUUUGCUCCUUGAUAAAAGAAUAUAAAAAUGUUCUUUUUUCUCAUUUGUUCAAAUGUUGUGUCGUGUAUUAAAAUAGAUCUGUUUAAGCACUGC